AUGAAGGGACGGACAAAUUGGAUGGCAUCACCGGCUUUUAUUCCAUCAGGUUCGAUAUGGAGAAUAAGUAAGCCGUUUGCCUUGCCCUUUAGCGAAGCUCGAGAGGCAUCGGGGAGUGUACAAACAAUCAGGUCCGGACGCGCACGAGCACAAGCAAAGCUUUCUAGGGGGGCAGACCCCGAGCAUGUUCCUCUACAGGUUGCCACGGAAUCAAAAACAGAUUCCACAAUACGACCACGGACCGAAAAUUACUUUUCCAUUCCUUACGACGAACUGGUCAUCCGCAACUGGCAGCCGAGAGAUCGACAGGCUUGCAUAGAACUGAUAGGUGCUGUUUUGGCUGAGUAUGGCCUUGAGUGGGAUCCCACCACAGCAGACAAAGAUGUGGUCGAAGUGGAGAAGGCAUACCACUACGGCGAGUUUUGGGUCAUCGAAGAUGUGCAGUCCUCACAGAUUGUGGGUACCGGCGCAUUUUAUGAGGUUCCUCAAAGAGGGGUCGGAGCAAUCGAAAUACGAAAGAUGUAUCUUAGUCCCAAGGUUCGUGGUAGGGGACUGGGGUCUUUUCUACUUGCAGCCCUAGAGGAGCGUGCGCGACAACGUGAAUAUUCAAUGGCAUACAUAGAGACGGCAUCUGUCUUGGGGGAAGCGUGUGCUUUGUAUAAAGCAAGGUCAUAUGUGCCUUCGGACGGAUUAGAAACGGAACGAUGCGAUCUUGUUUUGGAGAAAGAGCUUCUCCCUUUGCCCCCAUCCUCGGCUUCCCAGCCUGUCGAAGCUGUCGACUCGACAAGGGGUUGGACGGUGUCAAGUUGCUCACGAAAACAAGCGAUGGAUCAUGGAAUUCUCUAUCGAGCCGUGGUGGUGCUCGUAGAGAGUCAUGGUCGUAUUUUUGUUCACAAGCGAUCGUUGCAAAAGUCGACAUUCCCCGGCCGUAUAUCUAUUUUCAUUACUGGCUGUAUAGAUUGGAUGGAGAGUCCCUGGCAAGCGGCCAAGAGAGAAGUCCUCGAGGAGAUUGGUCUUUCCUCAUUGGAUUUCUCAGAGCCUUUCAAUGCUUUCACUGCGAAUGGCAAAGAUGGUUUGGGCCAGAGAAUACUGUUUCACCCUUUUAUUGCAAGAGGAGAGUUUGAAGAGGAGGACACCAUCUGUAAUCCCGCGGAGGUGGAAUUCGGGAAGUUUAUGUCGCGCGACGAAAUCGUGAAAGACAGAAUUGGCGGGUCACUGUGGGAUGAAUUCCGAUCUCAUGGGUUUUAGCGGUGGUUGUCUCUCGGUAGGUACCCCUGCAAGUCCUAUUUUUGCUAAAGUAAUAUGACGUUGAGAGACAGCAUAGAUAGAUGGUGCUCAAAGAAAAGUCAAGGCUGCUGCUUGAUAA